CUCCGCCAACUUUAAUUUUUCUCUCUUCUAUUAUCUCUUUCUCUUCUCUGCUUUCAACCAUGAACCAAGAAAUCGAUAAUAUCAUCCCCAUGGAUUUCAACAAGGCCGACCAACUUCCCGAUUCCCACACCUGGCUCGACGAUCACUCCCCGGUUAACUCUUCUUCAACCCACGAAUCUGUUCCCCUCAUCGAUCUUUACGACCCGCAAGCCGUCGACAAAAUCAAAAUGGCCUGUGAAACUUGGGGUAUUUUUCAGGUGACCAACCACGGCGUUCCCGUGGAGCUUCUUGCCCAAAUUGAGCAUCAGGCUCGCCGGUUCUUUGAGUUGGCUCCGGAGCAGAAGCUCCGGGCUGUGCGCUCGCCGGGCAGCCUCGCCGGAUACGGCACCGUCCGGAUUUCGAAGUUCUUUGACAGCCAAAUGUGGUCGGAAGGAUUCACCGUGGCGGGAUCGCCGUUGGAGCAUGCACGCCAGGUUUGGCCUCAAGAUUAUUCCGAUUUCUGCUCUGUGAUUGACGAUUACCAAGAAAAAAUGAGGGGCCUGGCUGAAAAGAUAGCUGCUUUAAUGUUUAAAUCAUUAGGCCUAUCUCCUGGUGAAGAUGUGGAAUGGUUUGAGCCCAAUGGGCUUUCCAACAGCACACAAGCAUACCUACAGAUGAAUUGGUACCCAAAAUGCCCGGACCCAACCCGCGCAAUGGGCUUGGCCCAACACACAGACACAUCCCUUGUAACUUUGCUAUACCAAACCAGCAACAUUAGAGGGCUCCAAGUGUACGGGCCUAAUCUCAAUUGGGUUGACGUUAAGCCCAUUUCUGACGCAAUCGUCGUCAACCUCGGUGACCUCAUGCAAAUCAUCUCUAAUGGACGGUUCAAAAGCGUGUUACAUCGGGCCAUUGUGAGCGAGGCCCAUAAUCGCAUCUCGGUCGGUUACUUUUUCGGCUCGAGUAAGAAUGUCGAAAUUUCGCCGUCACUUAAAUUGAUCAAAGGCAGUGAGUUUCCCAUGUAUAAGCCCAUAUCAUGGAAUGAGUAUCUUGAUAUUAAGAACAAGUACUUUAACAAGUCCUUGGAGAUGAUUGGCUUCAAUUCAGACGUUGAAAAAUCCAAUGCCCUAGCAAGUGGUGAUGAGGCACCACUCGGUAGCGAAGUGGAAGCAAUAAAAGUGUAGAAAUAAAAGUAUAAGAAAUAAAAUGACAAUAGUGUCAUUAUGUUAAUUGAGGCUUAGUUUUAGCCUCAUUUUGGUCUUUAAAAAAAAAAUUGUGUCAUUAUGAAUUAGAAUGGAUUUGUUAUAAAUAUAUUAAUAUUAAUGGUUUUUAUUAGUGUUAA